AUGAUAAACUCAGAUUAAAUGAGAAAGUCAAGUUCCCAAAGUGCUAUUAUAAGCACAAUGUAGAAUCAAAGAUUUUACUGUAGCUAAAAAUUAAAGACACCCAAUAAGGAAUUCUUAAAAAGCAAUCGAAGUUAAGUUUCUGUCUCAGAAUAGUAAGACAGUAAGUCCAGAGUGAAUACAUUAUUUGAAAAAAUUAAAGCUUAAAAUAUGAAUAUUCAUAAGUCAGAUAACAACCUUUUUUUAAAAGUAGAAGGAGCAAUCUUAGAAUUGUAUAAUUAAUAUGAACAAAAUUAUUAAGGACUUGGAUCACUUGACAGAAUUAAAACAGUUUAAGAAAAUUUAUCAGUGGAAUUCAAAAAAUAAAAUGAUUAACUAAUCAAGACAUUUGAUGGUUUAAAGUUAUCAGACUUAUAAUAAAAUGGAGUUAAUCAAAUAUAAAUUGAUAGAUACUAAUUUUAUUAUUUCAGGUUAAGAAUUUUAGAUAAACAUACACCAAUUCAUAUUCACUUACAAUUACCAGAAUCAUUAUCAUUUUUAUUAUUUAAAUUGAUGCUUUCUGUAAAAAUUGAAUUUCCAACUAAAUUUAAUGCAGAUUAAAUAAUCUAAAGUAAUUAUGCAAAAGUCUAUUCAAGUAAUCCACAUGCUCAUUAUUUUAAAGAAGAAUUCCUUUAUUUAACAUUUUAUUCUCAUGUUGAUUUUAUAUUAAAGAUAUAAGUACAUUUUGGAUAAUUGAAUACUGAAAAAACCCCAUCUCGCCAAAAUUAAUCUAGAUCACCUAAAUUAAAAAUGGUUAAUAGUGAAAAUGCUAAAUUUAUACAUACUCCUGAUAGAAGAAGAGAGAAGAAAGGUUAUUCUUAAAUAAAAUCUAAUAUCUAUUAAUCAUCUAUAGAAAAAGAAACAGAAUGUAGUAGAGUAUAGACUGAAAAUUCGGAUAAAAGAAAAUUUAUUAAAAUAUAACCAGUUUAAUCUAAAUUAAGCACAUUAUUAACAUUAAUAGGAAAAGAAUUUUAAGGUAUGACAAAAGAGGAAAGAUUAAAAAAGAUUGAAGAACACUAAAUCUAAAAAAGAAAAGAAUUAGAAUAAGAUUAUUAAAAUAAAUAAAAAACAUUUAUGUAUGAAUUAGAAAAAAGAAAAUUAUUAAUAGAAUAACAUUCUAAAAUUAAAAAACAAAAAAUUGAAUUAGUUUAGCAAAAUAAAAAAAAUAAUUAUACUGAAAGAUAAUAAUAUAUUAGAGAUAGAUUAUUAUUAUAAUAAUAAAUGUCUUAAUUUAGAGAAAUAGAACGUUCUUUUAGUAUUAGAAAAGCUUAUGCAUAUAAAGUAUCAUUAAGUUGGGGAAGAUUAAUAAAAUAUAUCCUUUUUAUUGAUACAUUAUAUAAUAUGAUAAAAGUAUUAGAAAAUUUAUUUAAAUUAUUUAGGAUAAUAAAAGAAAAUCUAAAAUAUAAGCAAGAGGUAAAUUAUUGGUAUGGACUCUUAAAACUAAAGCAUUAAUUUCUGCAAAGGAUUAUGGUUAUUCAACUAAGGAAAGAACAAUAACAAAAUCUUGUAUUGCUUUGUAAAUUAUAGCUGUCAAUUUAAGAAAAAAGAUUAAACUAAAAUCUCAAAUAAUUUUGACUAAAUAUCUUAUUUAAAUGAGAUUAGCAGUCACUAUAGUUCAUUAACAUGAUAAAACUUUAAAAAAAAGUAUUAUAAAUUUAUUAUUUUAUAGUAAUUUAGAUUUAAAGGAAUUUUAGAAAUUUAAAACAAAAGAAAUUAACUUUUAGAGAUAAAUUCUUUAAAUUAAUAAAAGAUAAUAUUAAUUAAAUUAUUGAUGAACUCUAAAGAUAAUAAGGUAAAAAAACAUUUUAUGAUCUAAACGAUAAACCUGUAUAGUAAAUAGAUAUGUAAUAUAAUAUAAUUAUUUUUAGUUUUUGCAUAAAUUAGUUGAUUGAUGAAUAUUAAAAAUAAAAAAAGUAGAUUUGGUAUGAAUAUAUUAAUAAUAAAUUCUUUGAAAAAGAUUUCCAUAAAGUAUCAUUUUUAUAAAAUAAUUAGAAAAUGAAAGAUUUUGCAAUUAAUUUGAAAGAACCUUAAUUAUAUGAAGUUCCUAAAAGAAAGGAAUUGAUGUAAAUAAUUGAAAAAUAUGGUAAGAUUAAAAAAUUACUCUGA